AUGGACUUAUGCCGAUGGUAUGGGGUUAAGUGUGGUCGUCGACACCAUAGAGUCAGGAAAUUGGACCUCAAUUCCCAAGGACUCUCGGGAUCCAUCUCACCUCACAUUGGGAACCUCAGCUUCUUGAGAAUAUUGAAUCUUGAAAACAAUAGAUUCAACCUCGAAAUCCCUCCACAGAUUGGUCAAUUGCGUUGGCUCCAAGCCUUGCAUUUAUCAAAUAAUUCACUGAGAGGCGUGAUUCCCAGGAAUAUAUCAGGUUGCCCGAACCUUGGAAUUCUACUACUUGAUUACAACCAAUUGGUUGGACAAAUCCCCAUCGAGCUAGGCUCCUUGUCAAAUGUUCAAGAGCUCAGCUUUGCUAGGAACCAAUUAAUUGGCAGCAUCCCUUCAUCCAUGGGCAACUUAUCAUCUCUAUUGUGGAUUUAUCUUAGCGAAAAUGAUUUGAGUGGGAUUAUUCCCCAAUUUCUAGAUCGAUUGACCAAGCUAGAAACAAUCGACUUGUCAAGGAACAGGCUUUCAGGUAACUUUCCGCCUUCCAUCUUCAACUUGUCUUCGCUGGUUGAAAUUGACGUAGGUGAUAACCACAUCCAUGGCAAUCUUCCUGAAGAUAUAGGAUUCACUCUCCCAAAUCUUCGAACGUUGACCAUUGUUCAAAAUCACUUUACUGGAUCAAUUCCUUCCUCGAUAUCAAAUGCCACAAAUCUAAGAUAUCUCCAACUUGCAGCCAAUGAGCUCUCUGGAAAAGUCCCUUCACUGGCAAAUCUACAUAACCUUCUAAAGGUUCUCUUAGACAGAAAUUAUCUAGGGAGUGGAAGGGUUGAUGCAAAUGAGUUGAGCUUCCUUUGCUCACUGACAAAUGCCGCUAACUUAGAAGUGUUGUCAGUAGUUAUCAAUAGAUUAGGUGGGAUACUUCCCGUAUGCAUCGGUAAUUUAUCCACUACUCUUACAACCCUACAAGUAGGCAUGAAUAUGAUAUCGGGUGAGAUCCCAAGAGAGAUUGGUAAUCUUGUGAACCUACAAAGAUUGGACAUGGGAGACAACCUACUUUUCGGUCUAAUCCCAUCAGAUUUAGGAAACCUUUCAAAUCUUGCAUCACUGGACUUGUCGAAUGACAAUCUAUCUGGCAUAAUCCCAUCCUCUUUACAAAGUUUGCAAAAUUUGUUAUUUUUAUGGAUCGAUGGAAAUAACUUUGAAGGGCCGAUUCCUUCGUACCUAGAAAAGCACAAGAGCUUGACAAUUAUGGGUUUUUCUAGAAACAAUUUUAGUGGUCCUGUUAUAUUCCCCGUGGCUGGGAGCCUCCUUAUUUUGGAUUUGUCUUGGAACCAUCUAAAUGGAGUCCUUCCGAUGGAAAUCGGGAACUUGAAACAUUUGGACACAUUGGAUGUCUCGGGAAAUAUUCUGGACGGUGAAAUCCCGAGCAGUCUAGGCAAUUGUGAUGCACUAGCGUUUCUAGGAGUGCGAGAUAAUCUCUUCCGUGGGUCCAUUCCUCAAUCAAUGAGUUCAUUAAGAAACAUUGAGGAAUUAGAUCUUUCCAACAACAGUUUCUCCGGUGACAUUCCAAAGUUCCUAGAGGCAUUUCAAUAUUUGGUAAAGUUGAAUUUAUCUUAUAAUCAUUUGGAAGGCCCGCUACCGACUCAAGGAGUUUUUAGGAAUGUGAGCGCAACUUUUGUUGUCGGAAAUGAAAAGCUCUGUGGAGGGAUGCCUGAAUUUGAGCUCCCUGAGUGUGUCUCUCGAAACUCCAAAAGCAAACAACAAGCCCAUAAGUUGAAACUCACCAUUGCCAUCCUUUUUGGCCUUUUAGGAAUAACUCUCACUAUCACUUUCCUAUAUCUAUGUUGGUUGAAACGGAAAAAAAACAAGCCGAUUUCAAGCUCCUUAGAUGAUUCAUUGCCAAACCUAUCUUAUGGAACUCUUCUAAAAGCGACUGAUGGCUUUUCUUCGACUAAUCUAAUUGGGGUCGGAAGUUUUGGGUCCGUCUACAAGGGGCUACUCCAAAAUAAUGGAAAUGUCAUUGCGGUGAAGGUGCUUAAUUUAACACGGCAUGGUGCACUCAAGAGCUUCAAAGCUGAGUGCGAGGUUUUAAAGUGUAUAAAACACAGAAAUCUUCUGAAAGUCUUGACGGCAUGCUCAGGCAUUAAUUAUAAGGGUGAUGAGUUUAAGGCCUUAGUUUACGAGUUCAUGGUCAAUGGCAGCUUAGAAGAGUGGUUGCACCCAAAUCCAACUCCAAAUGAUGCAAAUGGGCAUUCCAAGAAAUUGAGUCUCAUCCAAAGGAUAAACAUUUCCAUUGAUGUUACUUUUGCAUUAGAUUAUCUUCACAAUCAAUGCGAAAGCCCAAUUAUUCAUUGUGAUCUAAAACCAACCAAUGUCCUUCUAGAUGCGGACAUGGUUGGACAUGUUGGUGACUUUGGGUUGGCGAAGAUUGUCCUCGAAUCUACCUCCAACGCUAGAGCAAGUUUGAGUUCUGCUGGUUUAAGAGGAACAGAAUAUGCCAAUGAAAGCCAAGUCUCAAGAGAAGGUGAUGUCUAUAGUUAUGGUGUUCUCUUAUUAGAGAUGUUCACUGGAUUAAGUCCCACUAGCAACAUGUUUAGAGAUAAUCUGAAUCUCCAUAAUUAUGUUGCUGAGGCUCUACCCCAACGAGCUGUGGAGAUUACUGAUCCCGUGCUGCUUCACGAAGGGUACAGCCACAACAGUUCCCAAGAUUCGCUUCAUGAAAGAAACCGCAUAUUUCAAGGAUGUUUGGAAACAAUAUAUCGUAUUGGACUUGCUUGCUCCGUGGAGGAUCCUAGAAGACGCAUGAGCAUCGACAGAGUAGCAACCCAGUUGGACUCGAUCAGGAAGAAACUUUUUGCAACUUCUUUACUUGAAUAG